AUGCGUUCGAGUGCCACUGCAGGACUCACCCCGCAGCAGCUGCUAGACCGUCGUCGUGCGCAGAACAAGCUGGCUCAACGACGUUUCCGAGAGAAAGCGCGAAUGGAGCGAUCGACGGGGGCAUCCUCGUCAGCCUCCUACCUGGCAGCAGCUUCGUCGCUGCCAACAUUCCCACCUCACCUCGACCUUAGUCACUCGGCCAGCCAUACUCGUGAGACGUCUCCCAGAGUUCGAUCGGCCUCCUCUGAUUCUUCAUGCACGUCCUUGUCUUCGUCGACCUCUACCACGUUCUCGUCGAGCGUCUCGAGUCCCACUUCAUCCAUCACAGAGCUCGAGACGCCGGGCGUGUCCAACCUCAAGGCAUCGAGGCCGGAAGAGAUGACCUUCGUCGGCGGGAUGCAUGCGCCCAACGUCUUCCUGUCCUCUCAGGUGGAACCGGAUUCAUACCCAGCUACUGCUCCGAUGUUCGUGCAGCAGCCUGCGCCGCCAACAUCUGCAUGCUUCAUGGCCCCCGGCUUCGCCAUCCUCGGCGCACCCCUCUUACAGCCAGCGCCCCUCCUUCCUCCGCCCUCAGAGCCCAUCACAUAUUCAUCACUCGCUUCGACCUCUAGCUCGGAGCGCAGCGUUGGUCUCAAGAUGAUCGGACUGCACGCUGAUCCUUUCCUCGUGAGCCAGCCUCUGCCGAGCCCGUCUCUGCUGCUCGGCACUGGCCUGCACUUUACCGCCCAGCUCGGGAACCUGCCAAUGUUCCAAGAUGCUCAGCCGCUACCGGUGACUUCGUUCGAGAGCCUCCUCGGUGCGACGCCUCGACUCGGCUCGAACGAGGGGACUAGCCCUGAAGCAUCGUGCCACUCGCCUUCGUCCACCUCGUCGUCGUCUCCGGCCAAGCUAGACGCUGCCUCCCUCGCUUGCCUCAGCGACACCCCGUCAUGGCACCUCGACCGCGCCAUCUCGCGAUUUGCCCAAAGCUCCGCGACCCCACCUCGCCCAGUUCAACCGCUCAGCAUUGCCUCCCGCUCUUUUGCUCGUGUCAUCCCAUCCAUCGCCUCGCACUUCAACCUCGACCCUGCCCCUCUCGCUUCGCUUCUCUCGCAACUCCAGCUGCACGGGACCGUCAACACUGGCAGCGAGACCAACAAAGGCCUGGUCUUCGAUCCCGCCAUCACGUGGGACUCGCUUCCACCCUCGAUGCUUCCCUGCACGGAGCAGCUUCUGUACCCGCACCGCGCGUUCCUCGACGCCUGUCUGCCGUGGCCCAGCGUCCGUUCUCGCCUGCUCAAGCAUGCCCUCACCAACCCCGUGGCCGAAGAAGAGUUCGCGCUCGACCUCCUUCUCUCCAUCCUGUCCACCGACGAGGCGCUAUCCUCGUUCACCGUGUAUGGGGACGAUGUGCUGGACCCGGAGGCGUGGGAGGUGUCCCAACGCAUGGUGAGCAAGUGGUGGGGUCUCUUUGACGACUCCAUCCUCCGUCGUAGCAACUGGUGGAGACGCCAGCGCGGCGAAACGGAGCUCGUGCUGCCAACCGCCACCGACGACACUGCCAAUGAGUGCGAGCGCCAAGGCAUGGGCACUGGCUCCCUCGACGAAGCCAAUCGCAUCGCCGCUCUUCUCUUCGCAUAG